CCCCUCCCUCCCGCCCCGCACCCCACGUGAAGCGGAGUAUAAAGGGGGUGUGAGGCCAGAGGGGAAAGUGGAUGGCGAAGGACUGAAGGGGUGCCCCCCUUCGGGUCCCUGGCCGCUCCGUUCACCCUCGUCCAUCCUCCCUUCCCGAAGCUCGCCCUCGAAGGCAGGAACGGCCGGCGCCUGCGGCUGAGGAGGAGGAGGAGGAGGAGGUGGGGGAAUCGCGCCGGGCGGAGCGUCAGGUCCCGUUUUCCUCCUCGGCGUCUUGAAUACAAAGAUUACGGUGCAGAAGGAAAUUGCACUCGCCUUCUCCGCCCCCCGCCCCGGUACCCAACACAAUGCACCAGCCGCCCGAGUCCACGGCGGCCGCGGCCGCUGCAGACAUGAGUGCUAGGAAGAUGGCGCACCCGGCAAUGUUCCCUCGAAGGGGCAGCGGCGGGGGCAGCGCCUCAGCUCUCGGUGCAGCAGGUACCGGCGUCGGUAGUAGUGCCCCAUCUGCCGAGGAUUUUCCGCCUCCGUCGCUGCUCCAGCCGCUGCCUCCUGCAGCAUCUUCUCUGUCGGGACCACAGCCUCCGCCUCCACAAAGCCUGAACCUCCUUUCGCAGGCUCAGCUGCAGGCACAGCCUCUUGCGCCAGGCGGAACGCAGAUGAAAAAGAAAAGUGGCUUCCAGAUAACGAGCGUGACCCCGGCUCAGAUCUCCGCUAGCAUCAGCUCGAACAACAGCAUCGCAGAGGACACGGAGAGCUACGACGACUUGGAUGAGUCUCAUACGGAAGAUCUGUCGUCUUCCGAGAUCCUUGAUGUGUCGCUUUCCAGGGCUACGGACUUAGGGGAGCCUGAACGCAGCUCCUCGGAAGAGACUCUCAAUAACUUCCAGGAAGCCGAGACACCUGGGGCGGUCUCUCCUAACCAGCCCCACCUUCCUCAGCCUCAUUUGCCUCACCUUCCACAACAGAACGUUGUGAUCAAUGGGAGUGCUCAUCCACACCCCCUCCAUCACCACCAUCCCAUUCAUGGCCACCACCUGCACCACGGGCACCACCAUCCAUCCCAUGCCGGUGUGGCCAGUACAUCCAUCCCUGGAGGGCCGCCCUCAAGCCCAGUGUCCAGAAAACUCUCCGCCGCGGGAAGCUCUGACGGUGUUAUGCCAGUUGCACCAACUUCUGCUGUAUCAUCGAGUGGCUCGCCGGCAUCUGUCAUGACUAGUAUCCGUGCUCCGAGUACUACCGGCAGCCUAGGUAUAAAUUCUGUUACGGGCACCAAUACGAUGAAUAACGUUAACAUCACUGCUGUGGGUAGUUUUAAUCCUCCUGUGACCAGCAGCAUGCUUGGUAACGCUAAUAUAAGUGUGAGCAGUAUCCCCAGUGCUGCUAGUAUGAGUGUCGGGCCUGCAGUGAGCAGCGGGGUUAAUGUGAAUAUCUUGAGUGGCAUGGGCAAUGGUACGAUUGCUUCCUCCACGGCCUUUAACAGCGCUGCCAGUGCAGCAGUGGGCAUGACAGUGGGGGCCGUUUCGAGUCAGCAGCAACAGCCAACCGUUAACACGUCCAGGUUCAGAGUCGUGAAGUUAGAUUCUACUUCUGAGCCUUUCAAAAAAGGUCGAUGGACUUGCACUGAGUUCUAUGAAAAAGAAAACGCCGCCGUACCUGCCACCGAAGGGGUGGUGGUAAAUAAGGUGGUGGAAAGUGUAAGACAGAACACGACCGAAGCGACUUCCGAGAGGGAGAGCACGAGUGGGAGCUCCGUGAGCAGCAGCGUCAGCACACUGAGUCACUACACGGAGAGUGUGGGCAGCGGAGAGAUGGGCACCCUGGCGGCCCCGCCGGUGCAGCCGCAGCCGCCCCCGACCCUUCCAGGGGUGGCCCUUCCGCAGAUGGACUUCAGCAGCACCGCUCCACAGGGCAUUUCAGCAGUUAGCAUCCCUCAGAGUAUUUCUCAGUCGCAGAUCUCGCAGGUUCAGUUAUCGUCUCAAGAACUGGGCUAUCAGCCGAAGCCAGGUCUUCCACCAGUACCUCUGCAAGCCGGUAUUCAGCCGUCACCUGUUGGCGUGGUGGGCGUCACUUCGGCUUUAGGUCAGCAGCCUUCCAUCGCCAGCCUGGCUCAACCCCAACUGCCGUAUUCCCAGGCGGCCCCCCCAGUGCAAGCUCCCCUGUCAGGGGCGCCACCCCAACAGGUACAAUAUGGCCAGCCGGCGCCAGCUGUGGCCACUCCGAUGGCCCCAAGCCACGGUACAUCAGUAACUCCGAACCCAGCCUCCGAGUAUGUUCAGCCCUCACCGCUUCUCCAAACAGCGGUAUCCUCUGGACAGCCCACUUCUGCAGGGGUGGCCGUGGGAGCCACGGUGAUUCCUAUGGCUCAGCCACAGAGCAUCCAGCUCCCAGUGCAGCCCGCGGCAGUCCAGGCACAACCUGCAGGGGCAGCUGGCCAACCUGUUGGCAAGGCUCACACGACAGUAGCUGCGGUACCUCCCGGCAGUCAAAUCGCAAAUAUUGGUCAACAGACAAGCCUACCAUCGGCACUGCAGCAGCCCUCCACCCAAGUCACACCUUCAGUUAUCCAGCAAGGUGCUCCUCCGUCUUCACAGAUAGUGCCACCUGCUCCAGCUGCGAUCCUUCAUCAGGGAGUUCAGCCCAGCGCUUCAAGCCUUCCUCAGCAACUGGUCAUUGCACCCCAGAGUACCCUGUUACCUGUGCCUCCCCAGCCACAGGGGGUCGAGUCGGUAGCUCCAGGAGUGGUUUCGAAGCAGUUGCCUGCAGUUAGUCCUUUGCCCUCUGCUAGUAGUAUUUCUGUUACAAAUCAGGUUAGUUCAGCUGGUCCUUCUGGACUGCCUUCUGCCCCGACAAACUUGGUUCCGUCAAAGAAUAUAGCACAAGCCCCCGCCACUCAGAAUGGUAAUUUGGUUCAAAGUGUCAGUCAGCCUCCCUUGCUAGCAUCUAAUAUAAAUUUGCCUUUGGCACAACAGCUACCACUCAGUUCUGUUCAAUUCUCCGCACAAUCAUUAGCUCAGGCAAUUGGAAGCCAAAUCGAAGAUGCCAGGCGCCCAGCGGAACCCUCCUUAGUUGGCUUACCUCAGACCAUCAGUGGUGACAGUGGGGGAGUGUCAGCAGUUUCAGAUGGCAGUAGCAGCAGCCUUGCAGCCUCUGCUUCUCUUUUCCCGUUGAAGGUGCUACCGCUGACGACACCCCUGGUGGAUGGCGAGGACGAGAGCUCAUCUGGUGCAAGUGUGGUAGCUAUUGACAACAAAAUCGAGCAAGCUAUGGAUCUGGUGAAAAGCCAUUUGAUGUAUGCAGUUAGAGAGGAAGUGGAGGUCCUCAAGGAACAGAUCAAGGAACUCAUAGAGAAAAAUUCCCAGCUGGAGCAGGAGAACAAUCUGCUGAAGACACUGGCCAGUCCCGAGCAGCUUGCCCAGUUCCAGGCCCAGCUGCAGACUGGCUCGCCCCCUGCCACCACACAGCCACAGGGGACCACACAGCCGCCGGCCCAGCCAGCAUCCCAGGGCUCAGGACCGACCGCGUAGCCAUCCCGGCCUCCGAAGAACUGGCUGCUGUGGUCUGAACUGAACAGACCUGAGAAGAUGUACUAGGGGAGGGGUCCGCCCCCACCGUCACCCAUUUCAUUGCUCGCUGCAAAAGAGACGUGAGACUGACAUAUGCCAUUUUCUCUUUUUUCCAGUAUUAAACACUCAUAUGCUUUCGGCUUGAAGAAAUUUCUUAGUUGGGUGAGUUAAAGGUUAAUCAGAGAACUAGCAUGGAUAUACUGGGACCUCAUGCAGCUUGGCAGAACCGUGAGAAGUGGUUUCAUUCAUUCUGAGGAGCUGUUGUGCCUUUCCACUCCCCGCCCCUGCUCCCCACUCCCCCCCACCUCCAAGAGUUCUUCCUGCUUGCACAGUAGUGUACUCCAUGGGGUUCCAAAGCAGAGGAGCUUGCCACUGGACUUUCCUCUCCUCCCCCGAGAGGAACUGGAAAGGGAGGUGAAGGUCAAGAGUGAAGCUUAGUCUCACCUAAGAUGAGGGGAAAACAUAGUUCAUUGUACAAACGACGACUGUCACCAGACUCCAUUAAAAAAAAAAUCGUACUGUGCCUCUUUCCGAAACAGUGACACAAAACUAUUAGCGUGACUAAAUGGUGACAGGUAGCUGGGACCUAAGCUCUCUUACCAUGAAGGUUGUUUUGCUUAUUGUAUAUUUGUGUAUGUAGUGUAACUAUUUUGUACAAUAGAGGACUGUAACUACUAUUUAGGUUGUACAGAUUGCAAUUUAGAUGUUUCAUUGGCUGUCUGAAGAGGUGUGGAUUGUCUUUUAUAUAGCGAUCUCCGUGAAAAACCCAUGAAGCAAAACACACCUCCCUAAAGAGAUUUUAAGAAUUUGGCACAGUUAGUCACUUUGUGUAAUCUGCAAUCUUCUAGCUGCUGAGUAUCUUGAAGUCACUCCCUGUUCACUGAAAUCCUUGAUUGAACUGGUUGAAUACUUUGAAAAAUGCAGAGUUCUAGCUAAUGGAUUUCCCAGUAGGGGUUUCUGCAUAUUACCUGUAUAGUAGUUAUCUGCAUAUGUUUCUGUGCAUGUUCUCUACACAGUUGUAAGGUGUCACUGUAUUUAACUGUUGCACUUGUCAACUUUCAAUAAAGCAUACAAAAUGUUGAUAAACAA